CCCAACAUGAAGAGCUUCGCGAUCUACCGCUGGGACCCCGACAACACGCGCAAGAAGCCAUCGCUCCAGGUCUACUCGCUCAACACCAACGAUUGCGGCCCCAUGGUGCUGGACGCGCUCAUCAAGAUCAAGAACGAGAUGGAUCCCACUCUCACCUUCCGCCGCUCCUGCCGCGAGGGGAUCUGCGGCUCCUGCGCCAUGAACAUCAAUGGCAAGACCGGGCUGGCCUGUCUCACCAAGAUGAUCGUCGACGCGGGGGAGGAGACCACCAUCACCCCGCUGCCGCAUUUCUACGUGAUGAAGGACUUGGUGGUGGACAUGACCAACUUUUACCAGCAGUACAAGAGCGUGGAGCCGUGGCUCAAGAAGAAGAGCCCGCCGCCGGGCGGGACGAGGGAGUUCCUCCAGAGCAAGCACGAUCGGGAGAAGCUGGAUGGCAUGUACGAGUGUAUACUUUGCGCGUGCUGCAGCUCGUCGUGCCCGAGCUACUGGUGGAAUCCGGAGAAGUUCCUCGGCCCGGCUGCUUUGCUACACGCUCACAGGUGGAUCGCCGACAGCCGAGACGAAUACCGGAACGAAAGGCUCCAGUCGGUCGAAGGCGAUUACAAGCUCUACCGCUGCCACACAAUCCGAAACUGCGAGAACGCGUGCCCCAAGAGCCUGAGCCCCGCCAACCAGAUCAUCAAAAUCAAGGGCCUCAUGCACAACUAAAUACUUGUUCGGGACUUUCCUUCUUUCCGUUCUCCUAUCCUUCUCAAAGGCUUGUUCUUUUGUCCAGGAUUUGAAGCACAGAAGUUUCCAUGCCACUGUUGUUGUGAUUUAUCCCUCCAGUCAAAGUGUCAUGUGAGUGAGCGGGUCACCUCUGCAAGU